AUGAUUAGAAACAAGUGCAGCUACAGAAUUUGGCCAGCCAUUUCAUCUUGCGGCAGAACCACCGGGUUUGUCCUUCAACCAGGGGAGUCCAACACCGUCGCUGUGCCUUCCACUUGGUUUGGAAUCUUGUGGGGUCGGACCCUCUGUUCCGAGGAAGCUACCGGAAAGUUCUCCUGCAUCACCGGCGACUGGGCCUCAAGGGGAAAAGUGGCGCCGCCAGUUACUGUGGUGGAGUUGGUUCUGAACGGCACGGGCGGUAACGACCUCUACGCGGUGAGCCUGGUGAAGGGUUUCAGCCUGCCCGUUACGGUGGAGUCGCAGGACCUAAGCUGCACCCGGACAGGUUGCGUGAAGGAGUUGAACGUAGCGUGUCCAAAGGAGCUUAAGGUUAUUAGAGACGGAGAAGGUUCGUGUUCAGGCACAUUGGUAAUUAGCAACAAGUGCAGGUACACAGUUUGGCCUGUCAUUUCUUCGGGGCGACGAAACCAACAAGGGGAGUCCAACACCAUCGUUGUGCCCCCUGCUGCGUCUAGGGGCGGACCCUCUGUUCUGAGGACGUCACCGGAAAGUUGUCAUGUGUCACCGGUGACUGCGGUUCAUCCACCUAGAAUGCUCAAGUGGAAACGUGGCGCCGCCUGCUACUUUAGUGGAGUUGAAUCUAAACGACACGGGCGGUUUGGCUUUUAUGUAGUUUGCAAAUUAACCAUCCAUUGCCCCUUAAGCACCAAAGCCAACGCCAACGCCAACAUUGACGUUGAAAAUGAAAUCGAAAGUCUGUAA